UUCAAAGGGAGAAGGAGGAGGAGCAGAGAAAUAUCGCCAUAACUUUCUGCACUGAGUUUCUCCAGAGUCCUUCCAUUGAGACAAUACUGACAAAAUCAGAGCUCCAGGCACAGCUCAUGGAAUGGACCCAAGAUAAAAACCCCAUUGUACGUCGGCUCAGUCUGCGAGGCCUUGGCAGUAUUGUGCUCCAGCCAGAAAAGGUGCACUCGUUACGGGCCCAGCUGCCAGCGAUCAUGGACAUGUUCUGUGACACGGAUAGAGGGCGUGUCAUGGGAGCCAUGCAUCAAGCUGCAGACAUCAUCUACCUCCUGGAUGGGGAGGGGCUUGGCUCCAUCUCCCAGGACAUUGCAGUCAGCCUUCGCCCCUUCAUUGAUGACGAGAGGGACAGCGUGCGCUCCGUUGCCAUUUUACUGCUUGGCAACGUGGUGAGCAGCGUGAAGGACCCGGACAAACCCAUCGUGCAGCAGAAGAUGAUCCACUGCUUGCUCCCGCUCCUGCUGCACCUUGAAGACCGGGAUGAGAGUGUGACACUGAGAUGCAAACUGACGCUCUUCCGCUGCAGUGUUUCUCAGGUGGGCUCAUUUGAAGACGCUGUUCCGCAGCAUGGCCUGGGAUGGCUCCACACAGCUCCGGAAGUGUGCCUGGAAGUGCUUGGUAGGUGA